ACUUUUAUGUACUUCAAUUGAAGAGUUAGGCGGUGAAGCAAGAUUUCACAUAGCCGACGAAAUAAAGCGAGUUUGACUUAAUCUGUUUGUCAGUCAUUAAGAUAUUUAGGUUUUACCAUAUAUCAAGCAGAUAAGAUGAACCCAAGUUAUAAAGAUAUUGGGGAAUACUUUGCCAAACAAUACUACCAGAUGUAUGACACAGGGAACAUAGAUCAGCUAGCCUCUAUGUAUCAUGACUCUGCUCUAUUAACAUUUGAAGGUGAUCAGAAACAAGGAAAAGAAGCAAUACGAGCUAAACAUGGCGUCUUGGCAGCUAAGACAUGCCAUAACAUUACAACAAUAGAUUGUCAGCCAACUUAUAAUGACAAUGGAGUUACAGUUUCUAUUGUUGGACAAAUAAAGACUGAAGGAGAGGAUAAAGUGCUUGGAUUUACACAUAUGUUUAUAAUACGGCCAUUCGAAGAUGGGAACUUUUACAUAACCAACGAAGUUUUUCGACUGGCGUUGCAUAACUUUUAGACUCGAAACAGAAACUUAUUGUCAAUAAUGAUGUUAUAAUGUUCUAACAUGGUGUAACAGUUUUCAUCCAGUUGAAAUUCUGAUAUAGGAUACAAAGUUUUAUGAAAGUGUUUUCUUUUAUGUCAUAUUUAUUUCCUGUCGGUUCUUUUUAACAAACGAAAGAUGCAUUGAUCGGUAUUAUUUUCUGAUGGCAUUCUCCAAAUGUUUGAAAGGAAUUUAUUUGUUCAUUUUUAAAAAAAAAAUUAUUUGAUCAAAACAUGUUUGUAGAACAACUUACAGAAAUAUCAUAGUCAGGAUAUUCGUAUAUGUAAUGAAGAUCAUGUAACUAAGGUUAUUUUGUGUGCGUGUGUGAUUUUUAAAAAAUCAUAAUGUAUAAUAUGUCAGUUAUAUAAAAGGUAUUGUUUUUUAGCUCACCAGAUUCAAAGGUUCAGGGUUUGUUACAACUUAGGAUUGGGAGAGGUUAAGAGCUUGUUGGAACUAUCAAUUCAUGUGUUGUGUUGGCAAGAUUCAGACUUGGGUCUGUAGUGGCUUGAAUGUAUUACAGUCUUCCCUCUAGCUUGGCAAUCUAACUACUUGCAGUUGUUUUUACCUAUCAAUGCAGCUAAAAUUAGAGAAGCUUUAAAUCAACUUUUAAUGAACAAAUAUAUAGAUCAUUAGCGAAUUCAUUUAUAUGGUUAAUUAGUAAAUUCAAAAUGAAUAAUCUUUUAACAGUGCUCUUUAAACUUUAAUGUUAAUAUUUUUUUAGGAUCAGAUCUGAAAUAAAUUCCAAACAAACUUUAAAGGACUCCACUGAAUUGUUCUUUUUUUAAAUAAAAAAAAAUAAUUUUUUUGAGAUUCAUGGUCCAUUUGAUGUAGGUCCAGACCAAAAAAAUCAGAUUAUUCACUUACAAUGUUUUUCCAGAUAAGUAUUCUAAUUGUGAAAAAUGACCAGAAAAUGAAAAGCAUUGCAACGCUUUCACUAACAUUGAGCUAAGAAUAGCACAACAAUGCAAUUUUCAGUUUAUUUCUGAUUAUAUUUCUGAAUUAUCUUAUGCAUAUCUUUCAGAUUUAAUUGGUGCACCAGAUUUUGUAAGACAUUCAAAAUUCAUGUUUUUAGGCUUUGUACCUCAGGGGAGUUCCUUUAAAUCUCAUUUGAAGGCUGAUAGUUCAAGUUAAGGGGAUGAUGUUCAAGCAAAACACAAAUUAAUUUUUGAGGAGAAAGAAAAUAUAUAUCCAUGUGAAUCCAUAACAAACAGAAAGAACGUCACCAAGGAUAUUCUUGCCUUAUAUUAUUCUUUUUAGCUGUUUUGAUUAUAGUAAAUAAUUAUUUGAGUAAUUUUUCAACAUGAAUAUGUAGUUAAGUCUUUAUCAAAGUUUGUUUAGAGCUGUCAUUGAAAGAAACAACGUUGCUGUAUCUUUGAUAAUUUUCUGUCCCUGGAGUAUCAACACAGAUUUUGAAAUAUAUAAUAAGAUAAUUUUGACACAGUAAUUUUAAAUGUCUAGAAAUGACAAAAAUUCACCCCAAGCAAACAGUUGCCACGUCAAAAGGCCAUGUCUAAAACUAUACCGUCCUUUAAUGAACAACUUUUUUUAAUCCUUUGUUCAUAGCAAUGAGGCCCACAGGGUAGAUUGCCUUUGUUGCAACUGUGAAGCCUCUUUCAAUAAAGACUUAUAUAAAAGAGCCAAAAAAAAAUAUGCAGAGGGGAUUUAUAAACAAAACAAAUCCUAAUAAUAUGCACAAAAUAUGUAAUUUACUGAAUUUUAAUAUGGAAACAUAUGGAGAGUGAUAUAGAUAAAUAAUAUUCAGUAUAUUCGUAUAAUGUCUGUCAUUCCAGAUCGAUAUAUUGUUAAUACGCUUUGGACUGAAUCAGUGACGGCUGUAGUUUAAAAAUCACUAGUUCUGCUGAUUUUAUAUCAUCACUCCUCAAAUAAGUCAAUAUUAACUCUCUUUAACCUGUUACUUUGGUGAUUGACUUUAAACUAUAUGUAUCAUGUCCUUAUACAAUGUAAGGAUCCCAACUACCCUUGUUGGUAAUUACUCGAGGGGAUGUUUGUUGUUUCAUAGAAAUAAAAUUAUAGCUUUUCUUGUAGAGUGAUAAUUUGUGUUUCUUGCUUUAAAUCUAUGAAAUUUGCUUUAGAUUUUACUGUUCUAUUUCUUAUUAACCAGUAGGCACUGAUAUAAUCAAAAGAGCAAUUGCAUUUCAUUGACUGUUGAACUAAAAUAUGAUGUACUCUUCAGCCAGGCAAUUUUUAUUGUUGUACAUGUAUAAUGUACGGACCUGUAUACUAUGUGUAUAUUUGAUAAAUUUUGUUGAUGGUGUUAGGAUCUGUGUUAAUUCUGAUAAACAACUGAAAUAUCUGCUAUCCAGUGAUUGUUUUACAUGUAUCAUUAAUAAUUUUAUCAUUAAAAUGCCAAGAUGUGAUUUUUACCAUCAAUUUUCAUCUGAAUGUGAAUUCAAUUCUGAUUUUUAGUUAAAAUGUAAACAAGAAGUGAUAAACAUUAUCAAAAAAUUUAUUUUAUAAUGCUAUAAACUAUGAUAAAGUCUGUAUUAAGCAUAUACAAGUAUGAAUGAUUAAAUUGUAGAUUUUAUUGUAGAAUAUUACUCGUUGUAAAUCUAUAUGUAUCUUGUAUUCCUGUACUGGAAACGGUCCAUUGCCUCAUUACACAUAAUCACUGUAAUCGCAUGUUGACAUGGAAUGUUUGUAUAACAUACAUUAACAGAUUCUCCAAGAUUAACUGACAUCCCUUAUAUUAAGAAUGUUAUGGAACGUUUUUAUGUGUAUUUUUUUCAGGCAUCUUUCCUACUUGUUUUGAAAUUGUGGUUACACAUUAUCACGAAGGACAGAAUUACACUUGUUCUCAGUUCAUCUUGGAAGAGUUGAUGUAACUUUUCAAGUGUGCAUUUACUGUUUUGUUGGCUUGUGUUUCAAUCUAUGCUCAUAUCACUUAUGCCUCAUGAAUAUUAAAUCUGAAAAUAAUGA